CGCGCUGCGAUGUGAUGCACGGAGAGAUUUUUUGUUUCGCGGGUGCGGGCGCGGAUGGCGGUGGGAAGCUGGAAGGGAGGGCGGUUUAAGUACAGCGCUGCUGCUGCUCCUGCCGAUGCUUAAAGACUUGGAUUUGCUACGUGUUGAUGGACUGGAGAUUAUUAUCGUAGAUUGAGCUUUGGGAAUUGGUCUUGAACUCGUCUCUGGCAUUGUCUUCGAACUCGACUCUGGCAUUAUCUUCAAACUCGUAUCUGGCAUUGUCUUCAAACUCGUCUCUGGCAUUGUCUUCAAACUCGUCUCUGGCACUGUCUUCAAACUCGUCUCUGGCACUGUCUUCGAACUCGUCUCUGGUACUGUCUUCGAACUCGACUCUGGCCUUGUCUUCGUCUUCGCCUGCAACUACACCAUGGAGCUCUUCAGCCUCGCCUGGUCGCUCCUGACCUCCCCGCUGCUCCUGCUAGCCACCGUCCUCGGCGGUCUGACACUCUACAUCCUCGCCGUCAUCCUCUACCGCCUGACCCUGCACCCGCUCGCGCACUACCCGGGCCCCUUCCUCGCCAAGAUCACAGACAUCUGGCUGGCCUACUACGCCUACCGCGGCUCGCGGCACCUGGCGUUCCACAACGCUCACGCCCAGUUCGGGCCGUACGUGCGGCUGGGCCCGAACCUGCUGUCCGUCAACACCGCCACAGGACUCAAGGCCGUCUACGGCUUCCGCGCCAAUGUCAAAAAGGCCGAUUUCUACAAGGCGUUCCCCUCCACCCCCGCCGCUGUGAGCGUGCACUCGGCCAUCGACAAGAUGCAGCAUGCGCGCAAGAGGAGGGUCAUGAGCAGCGCCUUCAGCGACAGCGCGAUUCGCACUCUCGAGAAGUAUAUCCUCGCUAAUGUCCGCGUGGGCUGUGAACUGCUGGGUCGGCGCAGCGGCGGGGACGAAGGCGCGGUCGAGGAGAAGAGCGGUGCGCAGGGCUGGAAUGCGGGCUGGAAUGCGAACUGGAACGCGGCGCAUUGGUGCGAGUGGUUGGUCUUCGAUAUCAUGGGUGAUUUGGUGUUUGGCAAGGCCUUUGGCAUGCUCGAGAGCCCGCGGAAUCGCUUUGCGACGCAGCUGGUGGGGAACGCAGCGCACAGGCAUUUGAUCUGUGGUACCCAUCUCACCAUCCACAACUGGCACCUCGAUAAGCUUUUCUUCCGCAAGAUUGCUGGCCAGCGCGCCCAGUACAUGCAGUACAGCAAGGGUCAGGCUAUGGAGCGGACGAAGCUCGGUCUCGAGGCUGAUCGUAAGGACUUUUUCUACUACCUGCUCAAUGCCAAGGAUGCGGAGACCGGAGAGGGCUUCACCAUGAACGAGCUCUGGGGCGAAUCGAAUCUGCUGAUCAUUGCGGGCUCCGACACCACAUCCACUGCCAUGUCUGGCACCCUGUUCUAUCUGGCGCACAACCCCAGGGUCCUCGAGAAGCUGUGCAAGGAGAUCCGCGAGACCUUCUCAGAUGUCGAGGAGAUUGUCACCAGCCCGAAGCUGAGCAGCUGCACAUACCUAAAGGCCUGCAUCGAUGAGACGAUGCGCAUGUCGCCGCCAGUUGCCGGCGCUCUCCCUCGUCAAGUCCUCCCCGGUGGCAUGGAGAUCGAUGGCAGGCGCAUUCCCGCGGGUGUCGAUGUCGGUGUGCCCAUCUACGCCAUCCACCACAACCCCAAAUACUAUCCCCAGCCAUUCGACUACAUCCCAGAGCGCUGGCUCGCAGACGCUUCUGCGAACCCGCUGCACGGCAGCUUGCCUGCCGCCCAGUCUGCUUUCAACCCAUUCAGUAUCGGCCCCCGCGGAUGCAUUGGCAAGGGCCUGGCAUACGUCGAGUUGACCGUCACCAUCGCGCGCGUGCUGUAUCUGUAUGAUCUGAGGCUUGCUCCCGGGACGACACUGGGUGCUGGUAACAAAGACCUGGAGGUUGGCAGGACAAGGGCAACCGAGUACCAGAUCCAGGAUGUUUUCGCGAGUAAGAAGGAUGGACCGAUGUUGCAAUUCAGGGCAAGGGCUUAGAUAGACCCACAAGAUGAAUUAUGGCUCGAACUAUCUCCAGAUAAACGCCACUUUGUGGGACGUUUCGCAGGUGAUUUGACUGUGUAGUUACGUCGAUGUGACUGCGUUCUCCUCGAGUCCGACAGCUGAUUCCGGAGUCGGGUAGUCGAGUCGUCGUUGCUGACCUGUAUUCGACCUGCGGAGACGUAGCUUUCUGUACUCUAUCUCCAGAAGAUGCUGAAUUUGCUCUGCAGGCGUGUCUUCAGGAAGCGACUUCUGAUAUGCAACGAGCUUCUUGUGUAUGUCAGGCCCGCCGCGAUAAACGUUCGCCGUUCCUUGGCGCUUCUUCUCGUAGGCCUCCCUCCAUAACGCUGCCGCUUUACGCGCAUCCUUGGGGAUCCCAAACAAGAUCCGGC